CACUCAUCGCGUAGAUUUCCCAUCAAGCGCCGCAGGGACAGGGUAACCCGCACGCCACACCCUGUUUUCGCGCGACGCCGCGCAGGUGGAGCCGGGAGCGUGACCCGCGUGGGCUUUCUGUUCGGGGAGGGCUGCCUGAGGCCGCGCGCUGGGCGUAAGCUGCAAGGCUGAAGGAUGCGGAUCCUGGGAAACGGCCGCUUGUUUGACGCAACGUCGCUUGUUUCAGGCAGGCCUGGCGCCAGCGAUGGGCGGCGUGCGGGUGGCGUAGGGCUGAGUUUUGUCACCGGCCGCAAGACGCAGGGUUGAGGUAUGUUGAGAUGGGAAGACUGUCUUCUAGGUAGAGUGCAGUAGACGUCGAUGAAAUGAAGUUACGGCCGCGGAACUCUGAGUGGAUUACAAAUCAGAACAUCUUCACGGAGGUAUACAAAUUCCCUUCAAACACAUGGUCUAUAGCUCCCUAUCUCCACCAAGUCCCCUCAACGCUACCACUCUCCCACAAUGCACCAGCUCGAAUUCCCAGCCACGCCCCCCACCCUCCCCAACCCCCUCCUCCCCGCCUCCGAAAACGCGCCCUGGCGCCUCAUCGGGCCGGGGACCUGGGAGCUGCCCCUCAAUCACUCUGCUAGCCCUAUCAAAGAGAAGUCGGUCCUGCAGUACUACGAACCGCAUACCCCGUCCAUCACUGAUGCGAUUAUCACGCACACGUAUACUGAGGAAGUAGUGAUUCUGAAAGGGAGUCUGACGGAUGUGAAGAAAGGGAUUACGGCGGUGCUGGGGAGCUAUGCGUUCCGGGAGCCGGGGAUGGAGCAUGGGCCGUAUAGAGCCGGGGACGAGGGGGUGUUGCAGUUUGUUAAGGUGAGGGGGGAGGGGGUGUAAUAAAUGGAGGAGGAGCGGGGAGAUUUGGGAGGGGGUUUGAGGGAGAGGGAGAGGGAGGAGGUUGAGAGGGAGAGACGAACUUGAGAAGGAAAGGAGGUUGAGAGAGAGUAGUUUGAAAGGGAGAUGAUGAGUGAGAAGAAGAAAGAAGCUCCCCUCACCAUCCGAGAAGAAGAUGAGUGAGCUGCUUAGGACGUCAGAGACGGGUACCUAUAACGCCGCCCACGACGCCGCGUGGCUUGCGGACCGAGCCGUUUCGUAUUCGGCUCACUGGAUGAGUGUUGAGGGUGCCUUGCGGUGGUCUGAGCUGUAGAAAAACGGUGUUUGUCAUACACCGCGUUCGCAUUCCUUUUUACGUCAGAUGUUGGAGUUGGAGCCGGGUUCGUUUCAGGCACGGACACGAUUGUGCUAUACUCACUACUGCUUCAUCCCACUCUUUGUAUUUUCCAUGUCGAGGCUAUGACUCUAUUUGUGUAUAUGUGGCAAAAAUGU